GGAGCUUCCGGCGCGGCCCGGGCCCAACUUCCGGCGUCCGUCGGGCAGCAGCGGGGCUGUCUAUCCCGGUUGAGGACCCUGCGGCCAGUGCGGGUGGCUGGCUUUGCCAUUAGCGGGGGCCUUUCCUGAGGACGGCGUACGGAGUGUGGAAUUAAGAAAGUUUGGGGCCAGGUGUAGUGGCUCACACCUGUAAUCUCAGCACUUUGGAAGGCCAAGGUGGGAGGAUCACUUGAGCUUAGGAGUUGGAGACCAGCCUGAGAGACAUAGGAAGACCCCAUCUUUACAGAAAAAAUAAAUUAGCCAGGCGUGGUGGUGCACACCUGUGGAAACAGCUACUUGGGAGGCCGAUGUGAGAGGAUUGCUUGAGCGUGGGCAGUCGAGGCUGCAGUGAGCUGUGAUCAUGCAACUGCACUCCAGCCUGGGUGACAGAACAAGGCCCUGUCUCAAAAAAAGAGUUUGGAAUGGUCAAAGGAUAUAAGACAAAAACAACAAUAACAACAAAAAAUGUAUUUUAAUACACCAACACCAAACUGUUAGAAAAGACACCUCGUCUGCUACUGGAACACAUCCAUUGUAUCUUCAGCCUCCAUUUCCAAAUGUGCAGGGAAUGAAGGAUGGCAGCACGCCGUGCAUUAAAAGCUGUUUUGGUAGAUCUCAGUGGCACACUUCACAUUGAAGAUGCAGCUGUGCCAGGCGCACAGGAAGCUCUUAAAAGGCAAGCUAUCUUCCAGGUUCAGCUGACAAAUAUGUUUGUUACGUGGUGCUUCUGUAAUCGUUAGGUUUGUGACCAAUACAACCAAAGAGAGCAAGCAAGACCUGUUAGAAAGGUUGAGAAAAUUGGAAUUUGAUAUCUCUGAAGAUGAAAUAUUCACAUCUCUGACUGCAGCCAGAAGUUUACUAGAGCGGAAACAAGUCAGACCCAUGCUGCUAGUUGAUGAUCGGGCACUACCUGAUUUCAAAGGAAUACAAACAAGUGAUCCUAAUGCUGUGGUCAUGGGAUUGGCACCAGAACAUUUUCAUUAUCAAAUUCUGAAUCAAGCAUUCCGGUUACUCCUGGAUGGAGCACCUCUGAUAGCAAUCCACAAAGCCAGGUAUUACAAGAGGAAAGAUGGCUUAGCCCUGGGGCCUGGACCAUUUGUGACUGCUUUAGAGUAUGCCACAGAUACCAAAGCCACAGUCGUGGGGAAACCAGAGAAGACGUUCUUUUUGGAAGCAUUGCGGGGCACUGGCUGUGAACCUGAGGAGGCCGUCAUGAUAGGAGAUGAUUGCAGGGAUGAUGUUGGUGGGGCUCAAGAUGUCGGCAUGCUGGGCAUCUUAGUAAAGACUGGGAAAUAUCGAGCAUCAGAUGAAGAAAAAAUUAAUCCACCUCCUUACUUAACUUGUGAGAGUUUCCCUCAUGCUGUGGACCACAUUCUGCAGCACCUAUUGUGAAGCAAUGUGUGCAUCUGAAGCAACUUGAAAUGCAGCUUCUUAUUGUCUGGAAUGAAUCCCUUACCAACUCAGUGCCAGCAUCGGUAGACACCAGUCAGUGCUGAUCGCUUUUUAACCCUCUUUUGUUGUGCAUUAAUUAGAAAGAAAGGUAUUGAAUUGCGGCUAGCCAGUAAGCCUUGCUAAUCUCUUUUAUUUUGUAACUGAAGAUGAGACCCAAAGAAAGAGAAAGCUGAGAUUUUGUGCCAUUCCUUUUAAAAUACUCAUCAGGUUAGGCGGGGCUGUGGGGGAAAAGCUACCACAGGGAAGAGUGUUCUCUGCUGUCUCUUCACUGGAAAACAGGGAGGGGGGAUUUCAGACUGUGAAGAAAGUUGAAUGGUGGUUUUUAAAUUAUAAAGUAAUGUAUUAAAAGGUGCAUUAGGCUGUAGUUGUAAUAUUGAGUUCAACUGUGAAAUCCAUCAGAUGUGCCAAAUGGAGAAGACAGAAAGCAACAAAGUGAAUUGUUCUUUAGCCCAAGUGAUACAGUGAAUUUGCUUUAACAGAUGUUGAAAACUAAAUUUUCUACUGUAUUCCCAGCACGGGUGACUUCUUUUUCUCUUCAUUAGCCAGAGAUGACUAAUUUAAAUUUAGAACCAGAUUUUAAUUUAAAUUAAUAUUUCCAUUAAUAACCUAUUCAUUGCAGAUACCUAUUAUACUGUGUAACAGUUGUUUUGGAAAUUUUAUGUAAAAUUAAAACUAUCAGUAUUUUACAGAUGUUUUAAUUAGACAUUGUUAUUAACAGGAACAGUGCAGAAACUAGAAUCAAGCCUUAUAAUAUCUUAUAGACCAUGCAUUUUUGAAGUUAGUGUCCACUAGGGUCCUAUUAACUGUACAUUUGCAAGAUUUCAUUAUUUUUGCCUCUGACACUAUGGGAAAAAUUUUUUAGAAGCUAUUGGGACAGAUUCAAGCUUUUAUGCACUUGGUUACUACAGCUGUAAAAUGAAAUCUCGUCUUGUAGCAUGGAUUAUUCUUCUCAUGUUAAACUCACCAAAAUGAAGGGGACUAAAUAGGUAAUGAUUUUCCUAGUGCAUCUGCAUACUGUGAGAAUCCUGGGCCUUGCAAUAGUUUUACAGGGCUCUUGGGCAUUGAAUUAUUAGGAUGUAAUUGUACAUCAUUGUAGUGUUCACCUUAUUGAAGCUCACUCUGAUGUUAAUGAGCUUCGGGUUUUGAUGCUUGUUUAGAGAUCAGCAGUCUUGGAUGGGAGGGAACAAAGCUAAAUAAAUGUUAGUUUGGUGA